AUGGCAUCCAGCCAGAACUAUUCCGAAGCGGCCGGGGACCUUCGCCAAUUCUUGAAGGAACUCGAUGAUGAGAAUGACCUUCUUGUCAUCAAAUCAGAGGUCGACCCCGAAAUGGAGUUAGCUGCGAUCACUCGCAGAGUCUAUGAGACUGAAGAUAAAGCACCUUUGUUCGAGAAUAUCACCGGCCGAGUAGGAAACGGUCUCUUCCGCGUCCUAGGAGCACCCGUGGGGCUCAGCCGUGUACCUGGUCAAAGAUUGGGCCGCAUCGCCAAAAGUCUAGGAUUGCCUUCCACCGCAACAGGCAAAGAGAUCAUUGCAAAGAUCAAUGAUGCCAAGCAUCUCAAGCCGUUGCCCCCCAAUGAAGUCGCAUCUGGACCGGUGAAGGAACACAAGAUCUUCGGUGAUGAAAUCGACCUGACCACUCUUCCAACGCCUCGCCUCCACCAGCAUGACGGUGGGAAGUUCAUCCAGACCUUCGGUAUGUACAUCGUACAGAGACCAAACGGAACUUGGACCAAUUGGUCAAUCACUCGAGCGAUGGUUCACGGCAAGCAAACGCUCGUUGGUCCUAUCAUCCCAAAGCAAGACAUUGGUGUGAUAUACCAAGAGUGGAAAGACCUCGGGAAAGAUAUGCCCUUUGCACUGUGUUUCGGCGUCCCACCAGCAGCAAUCAUGGUGGGCGGCAUGCCGAUCCCCAAAGGCGAGGACGAGGCUGGCUACAUCGGCGCUCUCGUUGGCAAGCCACUUGACGUAGUCAAGUGUGAGACAAGCGAUCUUCUUGUUCCUGCCAAUGCGGAGAUUGUGAUGGAAGGCUUUGCUUCAAUUUCCGAGACCGCACCCGAAGGCCCGAUGAUGGAAUACCAUGGCUUGGUGUAUCCGGGCCGAAGCAAGGAAUGCCCUUUAUUCAAAGUCAACGCAAUCACCUAUCGGGAGGACCCAAUCCUGCCAAUUUGCAUUACCGGAAGAGCGACCGAGGAGAGCCAUACCGUGUGGGCGGUCAUGAUCGCCGCAGAAGUGCUGAAUAUCUGUCAAAAUGCUGGGCUACCGAUCCAGAUGGUCUGGUGUCCGUUCGAGUCGCAUGCUCACUGGCUUGCUAUUCAAGUCAACCGCCAAGAAUUGUUGAAACUCAAGACGAAUAUGCAAGACUUCUGCGUCAAGCUAGGCCAUAUCGUGCUGGGCUCGAAGCCUGGAUGGUACAUACCCAAGGUCUUCUUGGUUGGAGAGGACAUUGAUCCCACGGACCUCCGAGACCUCCUUUGGGCCGAAGCCACCCGCUGUGAGCCCGGAACCAGCGAGUUCCUGUUUGAUGAAUAUGGGAAUAUUCCCUUGAUCCCAUACGUUGCCCACGGUACAAAGCCAGUCCGCAACAAUAAGAAGGUGGUCAGGUGUUGUAUGCUGCCGUGUGAGUUUGUUGACGAAGAGCUUCCAUGGAAGGUCGGAUCUUUCAAGGGCUCAUACCCCCCUGACGUUCAGAGAAAGGUGGAACGUGAUUGGGAAAAGUAUGGGUUUGAUGCACUGUGA